AUGAAGCUCAUCGGCACACUUUUGAAUCUUGUGCUCUUGUCCGGCUCCACACUCUUGUUGACGUUUUUGGUGUUGUCGGGCUCGGUUAACCACUUCCCGUUCGACACCUUCUACUGGGUUAGGGGUGAUACUUCUGCCAUCACUGAUGCCUACAAUGAGUCUGCGUGGACGUUCUGGGGUGUUUGUGACUACAAUGAUUUCAGUACCUGUCAGAGCGGCCCGGCUUACCCAAUCUCCCCCGUUGACAACUUUGGCACCACUAGUGGUGUUCCAUCAGACUUUGUCGACAACAGAGACACCUUCUUCUACUUGUCCAGAUUCGGAUUUGCUUUCUUCUUGUUGGCCCUUGCUUUCUCUGGGUUUGCCUUGCUCACCUGUUUCUUGGGCUUCUGCUUCAGUUUCAUUGACAAGGUUAUGGUUGUGUUGGCCAUGAUUGCUCUUUUCUUUGUUUGUGGGGCUGCUGCAUUCCAAACUGCCGUGGUUGUCUUGGCAAGAAACGCCUUCGCAAACGACGACUUGCUGUCUCUGCUUGGUGUCAAGCUUUUAGCAAUGACGUGGGCUGCUGUCGCUUGUUUGCUCUUGGUGUUCUUCAUCACCUGUUCUUCCAACAUUGCCAACUCAUACAGAAAGCACAUUGAGAGAAUCAACGAGCAAAACGUGUACCCUAACGAUGACUACGCGCCAGAGGCUAGAAACAGCCAGUCCGCCUUGGGCGAUGACUCGUCUUUCACGAGGGCCAACGUCCCCGAGAAGAACGACGCCGAUAGCGGCGGAAUUCGUUUCUUCCGUAUCAAGAGAAACCAGAAGCCAUCGGAUGACGAGAGCGUUUAA